AUGGAGACAAAAAAUCAAAGUGAGUUUGUAUUGAAGGAGCUCCACUCACUAGCGUAUAAUUCAAACUUCAUUGUACCUCCACAUGGGCAUGGAGGCGGAGGCCUAGCUCUUUUCUGGAACGAGAAGGUGAAAGUGGAGAUCCUAUCUUCCUGUGACAACUUCAUAGACACGCACAUCACCUAUAAAAGAAGUUUUAUGCUACUUUCACCUAUGGCGAACCAGACCACACAAAGAGAAGAGAAAUAUGGGAAAAGAUCUCUGACCUGGGGGAAACAAGAGACAGUCCCUGACCACACAAAGAGAAGAGAAAUAUGGGAAAAGAUCUCUGACCUGGGGGAAACAAGAGACAGUCCCUGGUUCCUCACGGGAGAUUGUAAUGAAAUCUUAGCGAACACAGAGAAACAAGGAGGCCCAAGACGGUCAGAAGCAUCUUUUGGAGACUUCAGAGAGUUCCUGUCCAAGAAUGACCUGUAUGACAUUCAACACACAGGAAAUUCUCUGUCUUGGAGAGGCACAAGGAAUACACACCUAAUCCACAGCCGGCUAGACAGAGCCCUCUCAAAUAGUGCUUGGACUGAGGUGUAUCCGACGGGAAGAAGCAUCUACCUACCGUUCGAGGCAUCUGAUCACAGACCAAUCAUCACUUUCUUUGAACCAGUGCUGCAAAAGAAACGAGGUCUAUUCAGAUAUGAUCGGAGAAUGAAAAGCAAUGAGAUAAUCAAAAAGCUAGUAGCAAAAGCCUGGAAGCAUAACCCGGAGGCAACAGUGGAGCAAAGAAUCUCGAGGUGCAGAAAAGAAAUAGCUAUGUGGAAUAGACAAUACCAUCAAAACAGCAAGAGAGCUAUUGAGGAGAAAAAACAGCAGCUAGAAGAAGCCAUGUCAGCACGCAUAGCGGAUGAGAACAGAAUCCAGAGCAUAAACGCACUCCUAAGGGCAGCCUAUAAAGAGGAAGAAAGCUACUGGAAACAGAGAAGUAGACAUAUAUGGCUCGCCCUAGGAGAUAAAAACUCAGGCUACUUCCAUGCGGCCACAAGAGACAGAAAAAGAAUCAAUUCUAUCACGAUGCUGGAAGAUGAGAGUGGAAAUACCUGGUACGAAGAGAACCAAAUCGUUGGGGUCAUCUCGAAAUACUAUUCAGAGCUUUUCACGUCGCAUGAACGAGAUAGAGCAACAAUGGUGAAUACCAUUCUGGAACCUCGGGUAUCAGAUGAAGAAAACAAGACGUUGACGGCAGAGCCAACAAAGGAAGAAGUGAAGAACGCUCUCUUUGCCAUACAUCCGGAUAAGGCCCCGGGACCUGAUGGGUUCUCAGCUAGUUUAUUUCAGUCCAACUGGGAAGUGGUGGGGGAUGCAAUAACCACAGAAGUUAAGGCUUUCUUCAUGACUGGAGAGCUACCUGAAGGAAUCAACGACACACAUAUUAGAUUGAUCCCAAAAAUCACAAGUCCUAUAGGAGUGGCGGAUUAUCGUCCUAUAGCUCUCUGUAACGUUUAUUACAAGAUAAUCUCGAAAAUGCUUACCCUACGUCUCAAACCAAUCCUGAAUGGACUCAUCGCUGAAAACCAAUCAGCCUUUGUACCUGGACGAGCCAUCUCUGAUAAUGUGCUGAUCACCCACAAGCAUAUAUGGUUAGCAACGGAAUCAGGAGACUAUACAUCCAAAACCGGCUACCAUAUAGCUCGUGAAGCGCAGGAACAAGCAAAUACAACUCCAGUUACAGAUGAGGGGUUAAUCAACUGGAAUAGAGAUGUUUGGAAUGCUCAUACCUCACAAAAACUGAAGGUCUUCUUAUGGAAACUGAGCAGUGGAGCCUUAGCCUUGGGAGACAACCUUCUCAGCCGUGGUUUAGAGAUAAACGCUGAAGAGGUCCCGAUAACGAAUUUAUCAACAAAUAUCGAGGAGGAGUCGUUCACGGAGGUGAUCCAAGCGGCGAGAAAUUGGAUCUGCCUCCCUCCAAUAGGCACUACCGGAGGUACGCUCUUCCCGUGGAUCUGCUGGUUCCUGUGGCUCACCCGUAACAACCAUAUCUUCGAUGAGAAAGGCUUCACGCGGGACACAAUCUCAAAAGCGAUCGCCAAAGCUCGAGAAUGGGAAAUAGCCCAGAUCGCGCCACCGCAAAAGGAAAAGACAGGAAAAGCUAGGGAUGCAGGUCCCCCUAAUCCUCAGACGAUCGUAUGUUUCGUCGAUGCAGCUUGGAGACCAGAGAACCAAGCAGCGGGAUAUGGUUGGGUCUUCAAAUCCGGAAAGGACGAGUUUCUGAAGGAGGGCUGUAAGGCGGAAGCUCCGGUCAGAUCCCCACUUGCAGCGGAAGCACUGGCUUUACGAGAAGCUCUCCUGGAAGCAAGAUCACGAGGUUGGACAGACCUCUGCAUCAAAUCUGACUCCCAAACGCUCGUUCGAGCAAUCCGAUCAAACGACAACGUAGCUGAAAUCUAUGGAGUCGUUCAAGACAUCCAUCUCCUGGCUACUUCCUUUGUCAAGAUCUCAGUCGAAUUCACGCCUAGAUCCCAGAGUCAACAGGCCGAUUCGAUCGCAAAAUUAGCUCUAUCUCUGUUUGUCCCGUUUACUUCGUUUGUAUCGCGGAACAAUUAA